CGUGACCUCGCCAAGAUGGCGGUCAGCAGGUGCUACUUCCUCCCUUUCCUGAUGAUAAAGAGCUGCUGGCUGCCGGGGUCCGCCGCUCCGUCCCCGGACCCGCAGCAGGAGUACGCCCACUCCAUCCGGCUCGAUGGGGACAUCCUCCUGGGAGGUCUGUUCCCGGUGCACGCCCGGGGCGAGCGGGGGCUACCCUGCGGUGAGCUGAAGAAGGAGAAGGGCAUCCACCGUCUGGAGGCCAUGUUGUUCGCCAUCGACGUGGUCAACAAAGACCCCGAGCUGCUCCCCGACGUCACGCUAGGGGCGCGCAUCCUGGACACAUGCUCGCGGGACACCCACGCCCUGGAGCAGUCGCUUACCUUUGUGCAGGCGCUCAUCGAGAGGGACGCGGGCGACGUACGCUGCGCCAACGGACAGACGCCUGUCUUUGCCAAGCCCGACAAGGUGGUGGGCGUCAUCGGGGCGGCGGCCAGCUCCGUCUCCGUUAUGGUGGCCAACAUCCUCAGGCUCUUCAAGAUCCCUCAAAUCAGCUACGCCUCAACGGCCCCGGAGCUGAGUGACAACAGUCGCUAUGAUUUCUUCUCACGCGUAGUUCCUCCGGACUCGUACCAGGCUCAGGCCAUGCUGGACAUCGUCACGGCCAUGGGCUGGAACUACGUCUCCACGCUGGCCUCCGAAGGGAACUACGGAGAGAGCGGUGUAGAGGCCUUCGUGCAGCUCUCCAGAGAGUCGGGUGGCGUGUGCAUCGCCCAGUCCUUGAAGAUCCCCCGCGAGCCCAAAGCGGGCGAGUUCGACAGGACGGUCCUGCGUCUGCUGGAGACGCCCAACGCCCGCGCCGUGGUCACCUUCGCGAGCGAGGACGACAUCCGCCGCAUCCUGGACGCGGUCAGUCGCAACAACCUGACGGGUCACUUCCUGUGGGUGGGCUCCGACAGCUGGGGCUCCAAAAUCUCGCCGGUGCUCCAUCAGGAGCUCGUGGCCGAGGGAGCCGUCACCGUCCUGCCCAAGAGGGCGUCCGUCGACGCGUUCGAUCGCUACUUCAAGAGCCGCUCGCUGGCCAACAACCGCCGCAACGUUUGGUUCGCUGAAUUCUGGGAAGUAAACUUCGGAUGCAAGCUGGGCACGCACGGCAAGCAAACAGGAGCGGCCAAAAAGUGCACAGGCCUGGAGAAGGUGGGCCGCGACUCCACGUACGAGCAGGAGGGCAAAGUCCAGUUCGUGAUGGAUGCCGUGUACGCCAUGGCACACGCCCUGGACCGCGUUCACCGCCAGCUGUGUGCCGGGCAACCGGGUCUGUGCCCGCGCAUGGCCAACGUGGACGGCAAGGAGCUGCUUCCGCACAUUCGCGCCGUCAACUUCAACGGAAGCGCCGGAACGCCGGUGACAUUCAACGAGAACGGCGACGCCCCCGGCCGCUACGAUAUCUUCCAGUACCAGAUCAGCGAGCGCUCCGCCCCCGAGUACAAGGUCAUCGGGCAAUGGACCAAUCGGCUGCACCUCGACAUGUCGGCGCUGAAGUUUGCUUCCGCCGGCGGCGGUGCCGCGCCUCCCGCUUCGUCGUGCAGCGUGCCGUGCGGGCCGGGCGAGCGUAAGAAAGCGGUGAAGGGCGUGCCCUGCUGUUGGCACUGCGAGCGCUGCGAGGGCUACCACUUCCUGGCCGGCCAGUUCUCCUGCCAGCUGUGCCCGUACGAGCAGCGACCCGACCGGAACCGCAGCGGCUGCCGACCCAUCCCGGUUAUACGGCUGGAGUGGCACUCGCCCUGGGCGCUGGUGCCCGUCCUCAUCGCCGUGCUGGGCAUCUCCGCCACCGCUUUCGUGGUGGGCACCUUCGUGCGCUACAACGACACGCCCAUCGUGCGGGCGUCCGGGCGGGAGAUGAGCUACGUGCUUCUGACGGGCAUCUUCCUGUGCUACGUCGCCACCUUCCCCAUGAUGGCGCCGCCCGAUGUCGCCGUGUGUUCCCUCCGCCGCAUUUUCCUGGGUCUCGGCAUGUCCUUCAGCUACGCAGCUCUGCUUACCAAAACCAACCGCAUCCACCGCAUCUUCGCCCGCGGCAAGACGGCGGUGGCGGCGCCCCGCUUCAUCUCGCCCGCCUCUCAGCUGACGAUCGCGUCCUCCCUGGUGGCCGUGCAGCUGGCGGGCGUGUCGGCGUGGUUCGCCGCCGAGCCGCCUCACGCCCUGGUGGACUACGGCGAGCAGCGUACGCCGGACCCCCGGCACGCGCGGGGGGUGCUGAAGUGCGACAUCUCCGACCUGGCGCUCAUCUGCUCGCUGGGCUACAGCAUCCUCCUGAUGGUCACGUGCACCGUCUACGCCAUCAAGACGCGAGGCGUGCCGGAGACGUUCAACGAGGCCAAGCCCAUCGGGUUCACCAUGUACACCACCUGCAUCAUCUGGCUGGCUUUCAUACCCAUCUUCUUCGGAACGGCACAGUCGGCGGAGCGGAUGUACAUCCAGACGGCCACGCUGACCGUGUCGCUCAGCCUGAGCGCCUCCGUGUCGUUGGGGAUGCUCUACGUGCCCAAGGUCUACGUCAUCGUCGUGCACCCGGAGCGGAACGUCCCCAAGCGCAAACGCAGCUUCAAGGCCGUCGUCACCGCCGCCGCCGUGACCGCCAAACUGUCCCAGUUGGCGGCCGAGCGACCCAACGGUGAAGUGAAGACCGAGCUCUGUGAGGGUGUGGUGGCCGCAGUUCUACCGACAAAAACCACCUAUGUCAGCUACGCCGACAACAACAUCUGAAACAAACCCGAACAGGACUUUGUGGACCGUCUUCAGAGUCCGGUCCAGUCCAGGAACUCUGCAAGUAACUGACUAGACUGAACUUAAAGUGUACAGAGGGGGACGAACACGAAAAACUUAGAGGGCCAGAAGUGGAACCUGCCCAAGAAGAUCAAAACGAGAGAGCUAAAUCGUUGGGGACCAAACGUAUUUGCUGUUCUGCUCAUUGUAAGUGGAAAAGAAAAGGUGUCGUUAUUACGUUUUGGAAGCUUGUCCCACUUUUCGUUCGUCUGUUCACAUGUUGAGAGUCUGUCACUGUUUUUGAACGUGCACAAAUGGAAAUGAAGCGAAGCGUG